AAAGCCUUCAUUUAUUAAUAAUCGAUAUCACAUUUCAGAUUUUGAUCUGCAGGACAUGCUCGGGCAUGCCAGCAGAAAUCUUUAAAGGACAACAAAACGGACAAGAGCAAUGUUGGUACAGUGGGGCCAGGAAGUGUGACAUUUUUUUCAAAGGAUUUAUGGUGGAAUAUGGUUCAUAUUCAUUCACAAGGAGCAGUAUUGUUUGCAUAUAGUGAAUAUUGACUCAAUAAAUACCUGUUGCUCAUGUCGAGAGAUCUGCAUGCAUGACCAUAUAUCUUGCAGUGUGUUUGCAGAGUUCUUUUCUUUGGGACCGGACUCGGUGAAAUCUAGUGAAACCAUUGGAGCUUUUAUAUGUAUUUCACCGAUUCUCAUGGAAAGUAUAUGGUGUGGAUGUAUUCGGUCAUUGCUCACUUGAUCUCUUUAAUCAGCAUAAGUUUUAGAUACGUCACUUACAUCCAGAGAAUGGCAUCAGGGAGUAGAAAGAGAAAGCGUAUAGCGUUCAGUUUGGAUCUAUCACCGGUCGGUAUAAGCCUGACCAGUGAGAGCUGCUGUAACCAAGACGGCCAGCAGCAUCAUCAUGCAAACCUUGGUUUCAUCCUGGUCAACCCGGAGGACACGGUGGUCAAUGACCUGAGAGGGGUCAUAGGUAAUCAACUAGAGACGGUGCCGGUCAAUUACAGGUUCCUCACUAAACAAGGCUGGCCUGUGAGACCAAAACAAGAGGCUCAAAUCAAAGCCUGUCAUCUCGUAACCAAGGAUGGGCUGAUCAGAAUACAACGCGAUUUUGGAGAGCCACGUGUCGGUGUGGUCUGCGAGACUGGUACGGCUUUAGGGUUUGUCUUUAUGUCGUCGUUGCAACUCACCAUCAACAAGCUACGCCAAGCUGUUCUUGCCCAGUCUAAAGAUGUUGCCAUUGUGUUGACUGGUCCGUCCAGCUCCCAGCCGAGCCAAGAUUCAAACAAGAUUGACCCCACCCUCCCAGAAAGUUCCCCUUGCUCUUUGGGUAGCAUGCGGGAGUUGUUGCACGAUGACUGGGUCUUCCUUGACCGCAAUGGCUGGCCGGUCAACAGGCAGCAAGAAUCCACCUUGACCAUCCUGGACAUCCUGGUUCAGUCCUCGGUCAAGGUCAGAGUUCACAGUUCAGAGUUCAGAGGUCAAUCGGGCCUCAUGGAAUCCCACGGCAGCUUUACAUCCACCAUGGCUGAGUUUGGCCUGAUGAACACACCGCCGUCAAAGAUGCAGAAAGUAAGCAAAUCACCGAACAACCUGACUUCCCUGGACGACUCCUUCAAUUACUCCCCCCACAAGAUGCGGCCGCGGAGUCCCCUCACCACCAACCCCGACUCCCCCUUCACCAGCAAGGCACCGAUCAGUGCCAAGCAGAUCCUUAUCAGCUACGUCAGGGCGGAGGCAACCCAGUAUGCGUUGGAUCUCAAGACAGAGCUGGAGAUGCAAAAGUUCAGUGUGUACCUGGAUGUACAUGAAAUCUUCUGUGGAACAGACUGGCAGGAUAGUUUGAACUUUGCCGUGAGUAACUGUGCUGUCUUUGUGCCCCUUGUCACUCCGAGGUAUGGGGAGACACAGUGGACCAACAGAGAGGUGAAGUUAGCUGAUGUAUUAGGCAAGUACAUCCUGCCUGUGAGCUUCUUGGAGACCUGGCCUCCUAGAUGUCUAGCCAUUCAAUUCGCUACAACACAGUUCAUCAACUGGAGGAAACCUAAACCUGGUCAACCGGCUACACCGCAUUCACCAUCCAAAGAGUUGUCCAUGGAUAGUUCUUUUAAGAAGUGCUAUGAGUGGGAGAAGAAAGAUGUGGUUUGCGUAGCCAAGGAUAUCGGUAAACGAUGUCAAUCCAAGAGGAUAAACAACGUCACCAACGGGGUAGCCCCUCUGGCAAGAGGAAAGACAUUGAGUGUAGGAGAUAUCCUGAACGAAGGAAGAGAAGAUGGAGACAGCCUACUUGUCAUCAGUACACAUCCAAAGCAGGAGGAAUUUGGUGCUGAGCUGAAGAAGCUGUUUGAAAGUAAGGGAUAUGAUGUCUGGAUUACUACAGAGCUCUCCAGGAUGAAUGGAACAGAUACAGAGUCAGUACAAUCAGAUGGAACGCUGAUCCUAGAGGGCAAUGAAGAUGCUAUGGACGGUGUCUUUGCCAGCAACCCGGCGACCCUCUUCCAGGAGAAGGUCAAUGAGGCUUCUGUGGUUCUCUUUGUCCUCUCCAAGGCAUUCGCUGAAUCAGCGACGUGCAAGGGACAGGUAUUCUAUUGCGAGCAGAGGAAGAGGGUAGUCUCUCUAGCAUAUGAAGACUUUGAGAUGCCUGGCUGGAUGUCUAUGCUUAUCGGUACAAGUACAUUUGAGAAUGUAAGGCGAGCUGACUACAAGGACCACUUACUAGCCCGCCUAGCUGAGGCAUGCGACCCGGCUACUCUCAUAGAUGCAGAAGACAUCGCCAAAGAGAAACAAGUCUCAGUUGCAGUUGAGUUUGUAUGCAAGAACCUACCUGAUACAGGCUGUGUGUACAUCGCUGGGGGCACCAAGUACUACUAUGACAAGAGUCAAGCAAUAUGCAAAGCCAUUGGAGUAGCCCUUGCUAAGCUCCCCACCGUCACCCUCAUCACUGGAGGGUUCUUUGGCGUGGGUCAUGACGUCUCCAAGAGCUUCUACGACGAGAGGAAGAAACUGAGGAUGGAGCACAGGGUGUGGCACAUCCUCCCCAAGAAAGAUGAAAGGGACUGCACUGUCCAAGCCAACCAGAGACCCGACAAGUCUUUCCAGGGACCGCCGUUUGGUAAGACCCUUCACUGUGGGGAGAGCGUCAGGCAGAGAGAAUCCAUCGUAUCCAAGGUCUUUGAUAUCUGUAUCAUUGUAGAAGGUGGACCUGGUGCUGCCCAUGAAGCUGAAGAGUUCACCUGGAGUGAUCAUACAGUCAUACCAAUCAAGUGUACAGGAGGGGCAGCAGGUGGCAAAUUCAAGGUGCCUCACAAGAUAUUUGAGCUUCCACCGGGUGUUGCGAGAGAUGACUGGCAGUUGCUUAGCAACAAGACAGUGUCAGCGGUCGAGAUAGGCGCAGCUGUGGCUCGCAUCGUGAGGGCGCUACAGGAGGGCGUCAUAUCGCAGGUCACGUGCCAGAAGUCCUUUCGUCAGCGACCCACCCUUACGAGGGGCAAGAGCAUGCCCUUUCCAGAGAGAACCUGAAGUAUUGGGAGCAAGGAUUACUAUGCUUAUGGUGCUUAUAUUAUACAUACAUCUAGUGUGAACAGGCUUUGGUGAGGAAUGUAAAAGCUGCUACUGAAUAAAGGCUCAUUCAGGCAUGACGCCGUAAACCCCAGCAAGUUUUUAUAGUGGCACGACAGAAUUGUGCUUCGUAUUUAUGUAUUUUACAAUAGAAAGAUAAGAGUACGCCUAGGACCUUUGUAAAGCACAGCCACCUAUUUCAUCCCCACCUGCAUCAUGUGUAAAUGGGCAUUGAGAACAAUAUUUCUAAUCUGUAAGUCUUUUUCAUAAUACCCUGCAAGGAUAUAGUGCCCUGUCUUUACAUGGAUAAAGUAACUAAUUAUUAUAAAAUUGUAUGGGUCAGACUUGCUGGUAUUGAAAGACGUGUAUUAGGAUAUAUAGAAUAAUGCUAACAAGAUGGAUAUUUUUUGUAUUUUUACUUUUCAUGUUUUAAUCAUUACAAUUGGAAAAUAAAGAACUUUAGGUUAAUUUUCAUACUUUUUGUUUUUGAUAAGUAUUUUAGUUGAUUAGUAUAUUGUGGCUGCAUUAAUACAAUAACCCUCAAAAUAGAUUGUCAGUGAAUAACUUGAAAUGUCAUGAUUUUUAGUUAAUUCCCUUAUCAAAUAUAUAUAAAUAUAUGAAAUAAAUGAAUUAGGUAUACCAUAUCAACCUCAAGACAUGGAAGGACAAAAAGUUGAAGAAAAAAAAAAAAAUACUGUCACAUGACUAGUCAGAUGACCAGCCGCUUAAACUAAAAUGAACAGCCAGUUCAUACAAAGCAAAAUAGGUCUUCUUUUUUUUCCUAUUUCUAUUUUAUUGAUAUUGUGCAAUUUGACUUGUAUACCUAAAUUUGAAAUCUCUGGUUUGCAAUUUAGAUUGAGCAUUAAUGUUAAACAACUCAGAUUAAUUCUUAGAGAUUUUGUUUUUGUUGUUCGUAUUUACAGUUUGCAAACUGUUUUGUUACAGCUCACUUUUUACAACUCAAUAUCACAGAUAGGUCACAGAUAGGUCACAGAUAUCCAAAAAUUAUCAUGAUAAGUUUAUAAGAUAAGAAUAGAAUAGAAUAAGUACCUGCUUGAACUGCCCUGUCUUUUUUUAUUAUUAUCUUGAUUCAGCUUCUCUCCAAUCAUUCACUGGAGAAGAGGCAAUACGCAAUCAUGAAACAUUCAAUCAAUGUGUAUUAUUAAGAAUAUGCAAAGAAUAUAAAAGUAUUUCUGAUUUACUGCUUGAAUUUGUAUCUAAAAGUUUCAGUGGGUUUCACUUUCAGUAUUUACAGAUAACUAUGUUUAGAAGAUAGUCCCUUUGAGCUUUUGGUUUUAGCGGAUUCUAUUCAGUUCCUGCAAAGUUGGCAACUUUUAAGGACUAUUAAAAAUAGUAUUAUAAAAUCCAUUUGAAAGAUGAUAUUUAAGGAGAAAUGUACCUUCUGUCUUAAUCUCCAGUUAGUUGAAGAGAUAAGAUCAACUUUAUAGCAUCAAUAUUCAGCUAUCUUUCCUAUCUGAUUUCUUUAGAAUGGAUUAAAUCAAAUGAUAUUUCUAUUAGUAUUGUACAAUAUUUUGUCAUAUGAAAUCAACAUUUAAUUUUGAAUUUUGAAUUUUUGCUUUAAAUGAUAUAUUUUUGCAGCUGGAACUACAAAGAAAUGAUAUAUGCUGCAUUUUAUUUUGCUUAAAGAAGGUACAAUUUUGGUAUUAUUUUGAUCAUGACGGUGGUUUAUUAGCUGCAAUUAUGGUAAAUAAUCAAACAAUUAUUAGAAUAGACUGGGUUUUGGGGUCCUGUGUAAACUGCUAUUUUAAAUUGGCCAAAAUGGAUGACUUUUCAAUGUCAGUGAGUACUACAUUUUGGACUUUUCAGUAUUCCCAGCAAAAAGAAAGCUACUGUCACACACAAGAGCAAUGAAUGCUCAUACGAUCUGAUCGUAUAAAUUUUUGAAUUCAUUUUUCUUUGUUGAGUGCUGUGCAUGGAGUUGUGCCCUUUGAAUACUUUCCUUGAAUGUCUUCCCGAGUCAGUUUGAACAUAUUGAGUAAAAAUGAAUAUUGAGUAUUGUUUAAGGAAAGUAUAAAGCAUACAGUGAAAGUUCAUGUGAUAUUGCACUGAAUAGACCUAUCAGAGUACAAGUACGUUUCAGCACACACACACUAGCAUGUAAUUGAAGUUUUCACUUGUCUUGGGCAGUUUGAAAGUGUGGCAUGGUAACUAUGAUGUUGUCUUGCAGUCCCAGUCUGAAGUUCAUUUGAAAUAUGCAUGUAAAUACUUGUUUUUGUAUAAAAGCGGCUGUGUGAACAUUAGAAAAAUGAAAAGUGUUUAGACGUGAUUUGAGCAUGAAGUGUGUGAUUAUUAUUAUUAU